CUCGAACCAAACGUGAAUACUUUCCAAAGCUGAGCACAAAACAUGCUUCCACGAUCAUUGGUUGAAUCGUGUUUUCACAUAUCAUGAGAAAAAAAAAAUUAAAAUUAAUUUUUAGUUUGAAAGAAAAAUGAACGUGAGGAGAUGUCUUGCAAAGAGAAACACGUCUUGACACUUUUCCUCCAUAAUACCCGAUUUGCCCAUCCUUCCAUAAUCAUCCAUCUCCGACAAAGCCCAAAUCUUCUGAAACUCUGUUCUGUUUUUUCUUUAAACUCUGUUCUGUUUCACAUGCAAUUUAAAUUAGUUUUCUCGAAAUCACAUACAAGAGAAGAAGAAGAAGAAGAUGGAGAACGGAAUAAACAAAAUGGGUCGAAGAAGAACAAUGACGAUGGACUGGGCAGGAUUAGGAGAUUUCGAAGACGAAGACGACAGAUUCUUCGAAACACACGACCGUCUCUCCUCCGCUCUAACCUUCGACCUAACAAAUUCCUCUUCCGACGAGGAAGAAGAAGAUUUUGACGAGUGUCGUAUGUCCUUCUCCUCCGCCGUCUCCUCCAUGACCUCCGCGUCAAGAAAGUUCCGUACACCGCCCAUGAUGUCUCCUGAUUACGAUAUCUGGAUGACAGCUCCGGGAUCAAUCUCCGAGCGCCGCCGCCGUCUCCUCCACGGGAUGGGUCUCGCCAGCAACAAGGACAUGGUCAACGCUGUUACGAUACGCCGCGUCGUCUCCAACGCAGCAGAGACCAAGAAAAACGGUGAGGUUGAGGGUAAAGAUGAAACAGAGGAUCACGAUCAUGCUCUGUUUGCAAGAUCGAGAUCGGAGUCGGAUAUAGAGAGGUUCUUGGUAGAGAAACGGAGGAAGGAGGAGGUUCUUGGGAAAGUCUCUAAGCAUCGUUUGACGAGAACUUACUCGACGAUGGGAGUUACAAGGACAAGAAUCUGUCAUAGCCACCAAACACCGAUCAGACAAUCCCCUGCUGUUGGUGGAUUGACAUCGGUGAUGUCGUCGAAAGCGGGACUCGGUGCGUUUUUCUUGAUCAAGAAUCUUGAUACGGGUAAAGAGUUUAUAGUGAACGAGUAUGAUGAAGAUGGGAUGUGGAAUAGGCUUAGUGAUUUACAGACAGGGAAGCAGUUAACGUUGGAGGAGUUUGAGAAAUGCGUUGGGUACUCACCUGUUGUUAAAGAGCUUAUGCGUAGAGAGAAUGUGAACAGAAUCAACUACGAGCCCUUUGUUGAUCUACGCAAAUUCAACUCUUAUCUUUCAAAGAGUGUGAGGUUGAGUAAGAGAAGAGGAGCUGCGUUGUUGAAGAACAUAAAAGGAGUAGCUCAUUCAAUGAGUUUAAGAGUUGGAGAUAAAGAUGUAAACGAUGGAAGUAGUACUAGUGAUAGUCCUAGGAAGGUUAAAGAUAAAGAUAAUAAACAUGGUAAAGCUAAUGAGUGGGUGAAAGUUAGACCAACAGGGAAGUCUUACAAGGAGUUAAGCGCGUUGCAUAUGUGUCAAGAGAUUCAAGCUCAUGAAGGUUCGAUUUGGACUAUUAAGUUUAGUCCAGAUGCUCAUUAUCUUGCGAGUGGUGGACAUGAUCAAGUCAUUCAUGUGUGGGAGGUGCAAGAAUGUGAGUUGAUGUCUAUGAAUGAAGGAAGUUUAACACCGAUUCAUCCAUCGCUUUGUGACUCUGCUGGGAAUGAGAUAGGUUCUGUAGAGAAGAAGAAGAAAGGGAAAGGCUCAUCAGGGAGGAAGAAUAGUAAUCAGAUUCCUGAUUAUGUUCAUGUUCCUGAAACGGUCUUUUCGUUUUCUGAGAAGCCUGUUUGCUCUUUGAAAGGUCAUUUAGCUGAUAUUUUGGAUCUGUCUUGGUCUAAAUCUCAGCUUCUUUUGUCCUCUUCUAUGGACAAAACAGUUAGGCUAUGGGAUCUUGAAACCAGGACAUGUCUCAAACUGUUUGCACACAAUGACUAUGUGACAUGCAUUCAGUUUAACCCAGUGGAUGAAAACUAUUUCAUAAGUGGGUCGCUUGAUGCUAAGAUAAGGAUAUGGAGUAUACAGAAUCGGCAGGUUGUUGAUUGGAGUGAUCUUCAUGAAAUGGUCACUGCUGCUUGCUACACUCCAGAUGGUCAGGGUGCAUUCAUUGGGUCAAAUAAAGGAAUCUGCCGUGCUUACGAUACAGAAGACUGUAAGCUGAAUCAAACUAAUCAGAUUGAUCUUCAGGCUCAUAAGAAAAAACAAUCAAAAAAUAAGAUCACCAGUUUUCAGUUUUCUCCGGUGAAUCCAUCAGAAGUUCUUGUAACAUCCGCUGACUCGCGGAUUAGAAUCCUAGACGGUUCCGAAGUUAUACACAAAUUCAAAGGCUUUAGAAACACGAGUAGCCAAAUCUCGGCUUCGUAUAGCCAAAACGGGAAAUACAUAAUCUGUGCGAGUGAAGACUCUCAGGUUUACAUGUGGAAACGAGAUAGUAACCGUUGUUCCGAAACAGGCAGAAGAUCUUCAAACACGACACAAUCACACGAACAUUUCGAAUGCAAAAACGUCUCAGCAGCUGUCCCAUGGCACGGUCACGUUAGAGGCGAGCCACCACCAGUUCAAAUGCACUCCAAACGCCACUCUAAACGCAUAUCCACUUCGAGCCAGCCUUCAUCCGCAGUAAGCUCACCGACAAGAGAAGAAAUCUACGCCACGGCUGUACAAAACAGGAACAAGAAACCGGGAUUACCACCAAUCCCUAAGAGAAUCACUCCGCAGCAACAACCGGAGGAAGAGGUUGGAGGUGAGGUAGGAAUCAGCGAGUCUUUUGGGUCGAGUAUGAAUGGUUCAGAGCAGCAAUCGUCUAGGUUUGGAGAGUCUCCGUCUAUAAACACGUCGUCGAGGUUGUCUUCGUGGUCGUGGUUUGAUAGUGGAGGACACGGUCCACAAACUAUACAGCCGACGGCUUGGGGGAUGGUGAUUGUGACGGCUACAGUUAGUGGUGAAAUCCGAUCUUAUCAAAAUUUUGGGUUGCCGAGAAGAGUGGGUCGUCAAACCACUCUGUUUUGAUGUAAAAGAAACAACUUGUAUUUAUAUUUUUUGUGUAUUUUUUUGUUGUUGUUGCUUGUAGAGUACGUCAGGAAACCUACUUACAGA